AUGAAUAAAAAAGUUACACAAUAUGGUUUUUUAGCGUCUGGUGAACGUUUUCAACGAUUGCACUACCAUUUUCGUUUGGGAGCUACAACCAUUGGAAUAAUUGUUGAUUCUGUAUGCUCGGCGAUAUGGAAAUUACUAUCUCCUAUUUAUUUGCCAUCGCCGAAAAAAGAAGACUGGAUAAAAAUAGCAAACGAUUUUAAUGAAAUAUGGAAUUUUCCAAAUUGUGUUUGUGCAAUUGAUGGUAAACAUAUUUCUAUUAUUUGUCCUCCUGGUGCCGGUUCGGAGUAUUACAAUUAUAAGGGCUAUCAUUCAAUUGUACUACAAGCGGUAGUCGAUGCUCACGCAAAGUUUGUUGUAAUAGACGUUGGUGAUUAUGGUCGAUCUAGUGACAGUGGGAUUUUUAAAGAAUCUUUAUUUG